GGUUUUUGCCCUUCGGACUUCUUCCCGCGCUCCGGUUUUCUCAUUCCUUUUCCAAAAGGUUUCCAAGAUUUGUACCAAAAAGGGAAGGGAUUUCCAAGAUUCCUCCUCCAUCUCCCCUUGAUCCCAGCGUCGGAGGUGCGGCAUUGAAGGAGUGUAGUAGCAGAGUGAAACAUGGCGAGGAAUCAUGCUGGAGAGCAGAAGGGCUCUCUGGGGAAGAAACGUGUCGAGAUGAAGAUGGAGGACAGGAUCAGUGAGUUGCCCAAUGAUGUGCUCCUCUACAUCCUAUCAUUCUUGCCAAUGUAUCAGGUUGUCCGAACAAGCAUUCUGUCCAGAAGUUGGAGGCACCUGUGGACUCAGGUUCCUGUCUUGGACUUUGGCACCCACGAGCCUCACUUCACACAGUUGGGCAUUGAAUCAGUAGUUAACUGUUGCCUGAUGCUUUACAAUGCUCCAAAGAUCAAGCAAUUUCGUGCUCGCAUUGACCACACCUGCAUCCUCCAUCACAAUCUCGAUGCAUGGCUCCGCUUUGCUUUGCAGCAUAAUGUAGAAGAGCUAGAUAUGGAUUAUAUCACUGGAAACCGGAGAGACAAUGAACACAAUCUAAUCCUCUAUGUGAUGCCUAGAUGCCUUUUCCAUUGUGGUACAUUGAGAGCAUUGAGAUUGAGAGGGUGUGAGCUGAAGCUGCCAGCAUCCUUUUGUCUUGGUUCGCUGAGGACACUGGAGCUCUACCAGGAUAUGGAUUUGAAGGAGCCAAUUCUCGGAAAUUCACCUCUUGGUACUACAUGUCUGGAACUGAAUACUAGUUUGAACAGAUGGGAAAUUAGAGGGAUGACCCAGUUGCUGAUCCGUUCACAUUAUCUGGAGACUCUUAUCGUAGAUAUUCAGAAAAUGAUUGGAUAUGUUACAAGGAACAUGGUUGAGAGUGAAGGCUGGGAAAUGUUAGAACUCGCUAUGUCAUCCCUCUUGCAUCUCAAGACUGUUCGGAUUUAUAACCUGUUUCGUAUUACUACUAUAGUUUCUUUUAGCGGUGAAUCAAGAACCUUGAUCAACCAAAUCCUAAUGAUCUGUGAGAAAGAAAUUAAGCUGCUGAAAGCUGUUCUUAAGAGUUGUAAGAUGCUGGACAGAAUGUUUAUCAGCGCCAUCAAUACCCAAGAUCCCACCAAAUGGAUGUUAAUUUCGGAAUUGCUUCUCAUUCUUACUGAAGAACUGCAAAGUUUUCCAAGGGUUUCAGCAAAUGCUGAAAUAUACUUGUCUUAGAUUCAACGGGUGGUUUAACUUUUCUUUUUCGCUCCUGUUAUGUUAGCUAUGUAGGAUACCUUCAAAUUCGUUGAAGUAUGUUUAGUUUUUUUUAUCUUUUAGCAACUCAUCCUGACGAGAGAAAGUGAUGACAGGGGUUUUAUAUGUCAAUCUCGACAACUUGUAGAAAAACGAAAAAGU